AACUUCUUGCAAAGAGGCUGGAAUUCGGAAUUCGAGACUACCAGUGCAGUGCAGUGGAGGAGAUCGCCUAGUAUAGUACCUGUUAAAUGUUCCGGAGUGUACGUGUGUAAUGGCCACGGACACAGUUAGUCUGAGUCCCUACAAGAAACUUCCCUAUGAUGAUCAGAAGAGGUUUGUGUGUGUGUACCCAGCCUAUCUGAAUGCCAAGAAGACGCUGGUUAAUGGGAGAAGAAUCCCAAAGAGCAAGGCAGUAGACAAUCCAACAUGUCUGGAGAUGCGAGAUGUGUGUACUAGUCUAGGUUUGAACUGCUACCUGGAGGCAAAGCAUUAUCCAAGAGAGCCAAUCAAAGACCAGCUGCAUGGAGGCAGGCUGAGAGUUCAAUUGAUGGCUGUGGAUGGCACUCCAGUGCUGGAGAACAUUACUAGCAGACGAGAGCUAUUGCUCAUGCUCAGUGAAGUGAUCCCUAAACUAAAGACACGACAAGGUGGCAAGUCAACAGAGGGUGGAGUCACUGGUGGUGGGCAAAGUUCAGGAGCAUCAAAGAAGAAAAAGAAACGAAAAUAAACUGUUUGGACUGUACACAAUCAUUGUGGUGUUAAUAUGAUAUUCAAAUGAAUUAUAUUCUCACAAUCACAA